UUUUGAAACAUAGGUCAAAACAAUUUUUUUGCAAAAUAAAAAUAAAAGCCAAAAUGGGUGUGAAAUAUAAAGAAUCAAUAUAAUAAUAUUGUUUAUGAUUAUUCAAUAUGGAUUUAGAUGAAGUUAUAACUGUGACAAAAAUAAAUACAUUGACAGAGUGUCUUUAUUUAUUAAUCGGCUGGCAAAGAACUUCUUUCGAAAUCUAUAUAUAUGCUAAAGAAAAGGUUUGGAAAGGAAAAUUUUCGCCAAAUCGUUUAGCAAGUUUUAGCAGAAACCUUCAAAUAUCAGAAAAAGAGUAUUUUAACAAUCUCAAACAAUGCUUAUCCCUACAAAAAAAUAAUUACGUGUUUGAAUUAAAAAGUGGUUUCUUUUAUUGGAAACGAAAAGUAGAUAAUACGAUUAUUAUAGAAGGUUUUCUUCCAGUCGAAACAGAUACAUCACCAAAAAACAUGCAACCAGAUUUAGUAGAAGUAUUGCUUGCCUUAAAUAAACAAUUAACACGCAAAGCAUACUACUGGGAACAAAAAUGCAGGAAUAUGCAUUUAGAGUAUGAAAAAUGUCUUAAAGAUACAGAAGAAUUUUUAAAUCUUAAAAUAGACAUGGAAAAAGCACUUUGCGAUAAAUUCCUUAAUCUGUUAAAAUUAAAAAAGGAAAAAUUUUUAGAGAGUCGUGGUAAUAAUAAGAAAAAUAUGAAAUUUGAAGAUAUAAAGGAACUUUUGGAAGGACUAUAAAAUGUAAAAAUGUUUAAAAAACGACCAAAUCUUUUCAAGACUUAAACAGCCUUCUCAAAUAUGAAGAAUAUCAAAUUAAAAGUUUAUGAAAGGAUGAGAACUACAUUGAUUAUUAUUAAAUAAUUACUCGGGAUUAUAAAGAUACGAUAAUUAUACAAUACGAUUUUGUACGUAUUCUAAAUAUGUUUGUAUCAGUUUUUAAUAAAGUGCUUCAUGAUAAAUUAUAAAUACAAUUCAAUAG